GCUGAAAUGUGUAAUUCUUCAAUGACAACUGAAACAAGUGAUAAUUCUUUUGAUGCAAACCAAAAUGAAAUGAAAAGUACACAGGAAUGGACUGAACAGCUAGAAAAGGAGCUUUUCAGUGUUCUGAAUGAUCUGGAUGACCAGCUGGCGCAGGAACAAGCCCAAGAGCCAUUGGACAGGACAGUUUCCACAAGCAGUGCAUCAAAUGUGCAAUACAGUAGUGCAUUCCCUGCUCCAAAGAGGCAGACUGCUGGUAGGGGGCAACACAGAAAUGACUGGAGUGAUGUGCCUAGCACGUUUUUCCCAGAUGGACAGAGAACAAUAAGAGCCAAAGAUGAACACAAGCUUUUCAUCAGACCAAGGAAAUUACACAAUGCAUAUAUAAACUGGCACCAGACAGCCUUUCAAGAAGAUUACAAAUACAGUGAUCCAGUCGAUGAAAAUCCUCAUCUGCUAGGCAGCCGGCUGUCUUCUGUUUCUUUUGGACGGUCUUCAGAAGGUAGCUUAUAUCCUCCUUCCAUAACACAGAACAGUGGAUUUAGGCACAAGAGUUGUAUGAACAGGGAUACAGCUGGCAGAAGUCACUCUGUAUGUUCCCUUCGGAGGUGUCCAUCAUCAGUAUCUUCUGUCCAGCUGUCAGCAUUGAAUUUACAGCAUCCCUUGGCAAGGGACAGCAACAAUGAUUUUGUACCAAGGUUUGGUCGACGGAACCCAAAGCGAAUUCCUCUGUCUUCCAUUGUAUGGAACAACACACCAGACUCUCCUGGACAAACAGCAGCCCAAGAAAAAAUGUUUAGAACCCAGUCACUAAUGGAGUUUACAGACCAUGGUACAUAUCCUAGUUCUUUGCAAGAAACCAAGAAUUACACAUGUUACCACUCCAAACACCACUACAGAAGAUCUGUUUCAAGCAGUAACUGCUUUAGUAGAGUUAGUUGCCCUGACAAAGCUACUUCUCCGUUGCCCUUUGAUAACUGGGAAAACUAUCCAUUAUACAAAUCAGAAAAUAAUCUCUGUAGAUCCUACUAUAGAGAUACUUCUCAUGGCAACUUGUAUGGAAAAAUAGACAGCUGUCCUUCUUGCACUGAUAUUCCUCAGUACUACAGUGAUGAAGCAUUUAUUUCACCUGAUGCCAGCUUUGAAGUGUUUAUGGCUAAUUUAAACGACCAGCAGUGGGCACAUACACAGAAUGCCAAGUUUGGUUCACAGCGCCUGCAGAAUGAUUUUCACGCGUAUUCUCCAGAAAAUACGAAUACCAAAAGAGUAACAAGAAGUGCGAACAGAACUUUUUCAGAAUUGUCUGAGGGCUGUCAGCCCUGGCUAAGUUGUAACCCUUCAGUUUCUUCAUCUGGUAUCAGAACUGAUGAGUCAGUCUUUCCUAAUUUGAAGGACCAAACAAAACCUAUUGGACUGACCAGGAAUUCAGUCACUGUUACCCAAAGUAGUGCUAAGGCAGGCUUUACACAGCUUGGAAAGGUUGAAGGUGUGAAACAGCCAGAUGAAGAUGUGCUGUUACAGUCGGUUUCUCAACAAGCAGAUACAAAUGACAUCAACACCCAGAGUUUUCCCUCUAACAGCCCUUCUCCUGCCAUGUUGCAAAGCAGUGCAUCUCUCUUUAACACAAUGAGAUCAAAGAGACAAACCCAAGUCACUGCCAGAGGAGAUAUUGCAAAAAUGUAUACAUCAAACGGGGAUAAAAGAAAUGUACAAAUGAAGGAAAACAAUUGCCCACCCAACAGUGUGUUCAGUCAGCCUCCCUGUAUUUUCCCAGCUGAUGAGAGCAGGAAGGGACCUUUUCUUCCGACUCAGAAAGCAUGGGAACAUAAUCUGCAUUAUGCAGCAAAAAGAGAGAGCAUCAAACGGGAUAAUCGGAGUGCGGAAGCCAUUAACCAAGCUCCUCCACAGAGACAGUCCUCACUGCUGAACGUUGCUUCUGCUCAGUCCACUGAAAACUUUGCAAACUUUCGAGGCAUGUUGUCCUGUCCUCCUGAACGUUCAUCUAGCUCCUCACCAGGCUCUCCACAAGCACUUUCUCAUAAAGACAAUUCUAAACGUUCAGGAACAGUAACUAGCUCUUCAGUAAAUUGCACAGUUCCUGAAUCUCAAGCAGAAGGUGGAAGAACAGCUCAAGUGAGCAGAACAGGUGUUACCAAAGAGAUUGCACAGAAAACACUGCAAAAUACAAGCACUUUAGUUUCUAAGGACUGUAAUGGACAAUUCACUACUAGUCCUCCACAAACUGGAAAUUCUAGAAAUAUUUAUAUGCAUAGUUUUGAUGGAGACCCCAGGACCUCUGAACAUAGUUUAAGUUAUUUCUGCCUCGAAAAAGAAAGCAGAAAAAUAAGGAGUAAUUUGCCUUGUAUUGAAAGGCGUCACAAGCAAGACGGCUUGCUGAGACAUACCAGUAGCUGCAGCAUUACUGGCUCCCCAAGCAGAAACAGCCUCAAAUCUCCUGACCCGCUUCUUAUUUAUUACACUUUGCCUAGAAAAUCAGCUAGCAUUGCUGGUAGUGUUACGUCAGAUACGCCCAUCUCUUUACCUAGAGAAGGCAGAACACCACAUUCAGACAUAAGGUCUGAAACUCCACAUAGAGCUGACGCCUUUUGUUCUAAUCAAAGAGAUGUGUCUUGUUCAGACUCAAAACAUUCCUUUUUAACAUCAGCAUCAUUAAAUGCUGCUACAAGUAUGAAAGAAAAAGAUCACUCAAGUUCUUUAACUGAAAGACCUAACGAUGCAGUAAGCAGUAGUACCUCAGUUGAACUGACAGACAGAUGUAAACAUCUAAGCAGAAGAGAAUCCUCUGUGUUUUCAGAUUGUAAGGAGAGGGGAAACUUUUUGCAGAAAUACAAAACUACAAGUACCUUUACAGUUUGUUUUGAUGAAGAUCAUGUCAAGUACCAUGAACUAGUUUCAAUCUAUUACACAUUACCACGGAGGCAUUCAAGAACAUUUUGUAACAUCUUUAGAGAUAAUCCAGAGGAUGCAGAUUUACCUUCUUCCAGAGAAAAGGCUGAGUCACCAAGAAUACCAAAUAAGAAAAAUGAAGGUCAUGUGAGUUUAGCGAAUGUUUUUUUCCCCAGUACCUUGGAAAAAGAGAUGCCUUCAUACUCUUCUGACCAAGGAUCUUCAGCUGUGGUCACACCUCAAAACUUAGGAGCUGCUGUUGAUAGUGAAGAAGAGCAUUCCCACUUACCUCCUAGCUCUGAGAAGAUGUGUGCUUCACAGUCAGUGAGUAUGGUACCUAACAGGAAAGAUAGUUCAGCAGAUCUUGCAUUAGCAGAAAAUGUGUUUUCUGACAUGAUGACAAAAGAAAUUUCUUCUAGUGGUCCACAAUCCACUGCAGUAGUGGCUAAGCCAGGUAAAGCCAUUUCUGAUGCUUCAAGCAUCCAAAAUACAGAAAUAUGUCUAAAAGAAAAGAAGGAAAUGUUACAAACAGCCACACCUCUAAUGUCCACUUUACCAACCCCUCCCAAGCCAGGCAGACAUUUAGAGAAUCCUCUGUAUUCUACUUCAGCAAAUAAAGGUAUUAUAGAGAAGGGAAACUCUGAAAGCUGCUGUCAGCCCCCUAAAGUGCUCACCAAUAAAAACCCAAACAGUUCAGUCUUCCACCCAGGGGAAAAGAGUUCCCUGGGAAGGACCAGUGACAGGGAGUGUGCUGAUGUGCUGCUUCCUCCUGCAGAAGACACGCACAGGGAUAGUACUGAAGUCAAGCAGAGAGUAAAUUUCCUAUACCAAACCACCCCUCUCUAUAAUAAUAAAUGUAGUGGACUGCAAUUAGGGGCUGACAGCUCAAGAAAAAAUGCAAAUUACUUAAACUCUUGCAGCAAAGUGCUUUCAGAGUCUCAGAACAAAGCAUCUGAGGUAAGCACAGCUUCCAGUGCUGAUCCAUUACUCCAGGUAGACAAAGUGGUUAGCACAGAUAUAGAUCCAUUACAGAAUUCAAAAAUUAAGAAAGGGCAAAACUCACAGAGUACUCAGAUGGGUAAAGAUUACAGUGGUUUGCAGGAAUCAGAGAGGCACAGUGAAGGCAGCCUGAACGUUAACUGUAAAGAUAAGGUCCUCAGGGCUACACAGGAUCCAAAGAUAACACAGAGUGCAGAACAUGAGAACAAGCUUCUCUCUGACUGCCCAAGAGACAAAGUCAAAGAUAUAGAAAAAAGGAAAAACAGGCCUUCAAUUAAAAAUAAACUGGCAGCUGUCUGCAAAACAAGUCGAAAAUUUUCAAGUAAAAAUUUACCCCCCAAACCGCACAUAAGUAACAUUUUUUCACAGAACAAUGGAAGUGCCACUUCUUUAGAGGUCGACACAUCCCUUGACUCAUUGAUGCCAGUGGAUUCCCAUCGGCCAUUCCUGCAGUCAGACAGUGAAAAUCAGAAUCACAGUCUGGACUCUGAUAAGAACACACCAAGACCAAGAACAGCUGAGAAGAAGAAGAUUGAAAAUCAGAAUGAGCCUUCUUUGCUUGUUAGUAACACCAACUGGAGGUCUUCAACAAGCUCGUACACCCAGAAGGAAGCCAUCAGUCCGAGAAAAACUACGGUGAAAGUGGAAAACAGGCCAAGUCCUACAACCCUAUUUCCAGAUAAGGCAGUACCCACAAGAAAUAAGAAUUCCCAGACACUAGAUCUCAGGCUAGAAAACAAAAGCCAGCCCAUCUCUCCCAGUGCUACUACAUCAGACCCACGGGAUGGUGAGAAAAGGAGAGCUAGCAGUCGUGUCUGCAGUCCUCCCUUGCCACUUUUAACUGACAAGAACUCAAACACGUAUGUAAAUAGCUGUGUGGACACAGACGUAUGUCCAGAGCAACACUUGACUUCCCAGACAGUGCUUGGUCAGUGUCAAAAUACCUCUCAGUCUCCUAGCUCAAAAAAUGCCAACUUGGGUAGCUAUCAGUUGCGCAAGAGUCUUGCCAAAAGUCAGCGUGAGCGUCACCUUUCUGAGAGUAUUUGUGCUCGAGAUUCCCGUGAGACCUUUGCCUCGGGAAGCAAUAUUCUACCAAAAUACGGCAUACAUGGAAAGAGAUUUAAAUCUUACUCAGAGCUGUUGUCUUGUGAUGAAAAUGAAAACUGGGCAUCAGAUGAUGAAAAAUGUUACAGCCCUAGAAAUCUGAUGUAUCCUUCUAUUGAGUUUGGUAUAUUUGGCAAGGAACAACAGUUGGCUUUCCUGGAAAACAUCAAGAGGUCGCUCACAGAAGGGCGAUUAUGGAAACCUUGUCUUCUUAAUAACCCUGGUGUGUUCAGAGAUGGAGAGACCCCUUCUAUAAACAGGGCUGAGCUUUUGAGCUCAAGUUCUGCUGGGAGCAAAAUGUCAUCAGCUGCUUCAUCCCCCCGAGAGCCAAUUGAUAUCUGUCAGGAAGACACAGCAGCUUACUCAGACUCGGACAGUGAUACCACUACCGAUGACGAAUACUACCUAGAUGAGAUAGAUAAGGAGUCAGAGCUAUGA